GUCUUAACAUUUCUAAGCCACAUGUGGUUUCCUUACUGGAGCAAGGGAAAGAGCCGUGGCUGCGGAAAGAUGCGAGCAGAGGUCUGUUUUCAGUGCUGAGUAAUAGCCCAUGGUCUGGAUGUACCACAGUUUACUUUUCCAUUCUCCUACUGAAGGACAUCUUGUUGCUUCUAAGUUUUGGCAGUUAUAAAUAAAGCUGCUAUAAACUUCCACAUUCAGGUUUUUGUGUGGAUGUAAGUUUUAAUUCACUUGGGUAAAUAUCAAGGAAUGUGAUUGCUGAAUUGUAUGGUAAGAGGAUGUUCAGUUUUAUAAGAAACUGACACACUGUCUUCCAAAGUGGCUGCACCAGUCUGUGUCCCCACCAGCAGUGAUGAGAGUUCCUGUUGCUCCACAUCCUCACUAGCAUGUGUUGUUGUCGGUGAAUUGGAGUUUGGCCAUUUUGAUAGGUGUGAAGUGGUGUCUUAUUUUAAUUUACAGUUCCCUAAUGACAUGAUGUUGAAUGUCUUUUCAUAUUCUUACUUGGAUCUGUAAAUCUUCUUUGGUGAGGUUUCUGUUCAUGUCUUUUGCCUGUUUUUAAAUUGAAUUGUUCAUUUUCUUAUUGUUGAGUUUUAACAGUUCUUUGUGUAUUUUGGGUAAUAACUUGUCAGAUGUGUAUUUUGCAACUAUUUUUUCUCAGUCUUCUCAUCCUGUCUUCUCAUUCUCUUGACAUUGGCUUUUUUAAAAAAAACUUAAUUAAUGAAUGAAUUUUAUUUAUUUUUGGUUGUGUUGGGUCUUUGUUGCUGCACGUGGGCUUUCUCUAGUUGUGGUGAGCAGGGGCUACUCUUCGUUGCGGUAUGUAGGCCUCUCGCCGCAGCGGCCUCUCCUGUUGCGGAGCAUGGGCUCCAGGCACUCAGGCUUCAGUAGUUGUGGCACACAGGCUUAGUUGCUCCACGGCAUGUGGGAUCUUCCCUGACCAGGGCUUGAACCUGUGUGCCCUGCAUUGGCAGGCGGAUUCUCAGCUACUGUGCCACCAGGGAAGCCCUUGACAUUGGGUUUUGCAGAGCAGAGGUUUUUAAUUUUAAUGAAGUCCAGCUUAUCAAUUAUCUCUUUCAUGGAUUGUGCCUUUGGUGUUAUCCCAAAAAGUCAUCACUCUCUAACAUCAUCUAGGUUCUCUCCUUUGUUAACUUCUAGGAGUUUUAUAGUUUUGUGUUUUACAUUUUUGUCUGUGAUCCAUUUUGAGUUAAUUUUUGUUAAGAGUGUAAAUCUGUAUCUAGAUUCACUUUUACGCACGUGGAUAUCUAGUUGUUCCAGUACCAUUUGUUGAGAAGACUGUAUUUGCUCCCUUGUGAUGUCCUUGCUCCUUUGUCAAAGAUGAGUUGACCAUAAUUAUGCAGGUCUGUUCUGAGCUCUGUACUCUGUUCCACUGAUCUACUUGUCUAGUCUUUCACCAGGGCUGCACUGUCUUGAUUACUGUAGUGCUACAGAAGUCUUGAAGUCAAGUGUCAGUCCUCUGACUGUUCUUCUCCUUCAGUGCUGUGUUAGGUAUUCUAGGUCAUUUGCUGUUUUGUAUAAACUUUAGAAUCAGUUUGUUGGAGAUCUGUGAAAUAACUUGCCGGGAUUUUGAUUGGGAUUUUGUUGAAUUUAUAUACCAAGUUGGAAAUAAUUUUAAACUUCCAGAAAAGUUGCAAGAAUAGUGCAAAAAUACCCAUAUGCCCUUUACUCACAUUCACCCAUGGCUAAUAUUUUGCCCUGUUUGUUUUGUCAUUUGGUAUAUGAUUUUUUUUUCCUGAAACAUUUGGGAAUAAAUUGUAUACAUCAUAGCCGUUAACUCCACAUAGUUCCUAAGAAUAAAGAUAUGUUUUUUAAACUUUUGUAUAUUAUAAAACUCUGUUCUCCCAAAAUGAUAAAAUCCUUUACUAAAAUUUAGCCUGGAGAAAAUCCUGUGUUUAUUUGUCAAAAGCAUCUGAUGGAAAGACACUGUUAUCCCUAAAUUGAGCUUCACAGUCUGUUUAGAAGUUAGAGGUAGAGUGAGGAUGCUAGAAGAUAUUCAGAGAAACCUUUUUAUUCAUUCAUUCAGAAUAAGUUACUGUAAGAUGUUCCAAAGGCACUAAGUGAACACAAUCUCAUUUCUUUGUGGGACCUGAGGAACGCUUGUAGUCUAUUAGCAUCGUUAUGAAAUUGUCAUUUUCAAGUCAUUCUGGCAGCAAAUAAAGUUUACCUGGAGGUGAGGAAGAUUAACCACCUAUCCUUUACAAUUACUUAUCUUCCUGAUAGUUCUGUUUUUCCCUCACCUUCAGUUUCUUAUUUUUAAUCUUCUCCUUAUUCACCUACAGCUCUCCUCUGUUUGAUGUCUUCUGAAUUUCUGGAUCUACUGCUCAGAUUUCAGAGUCAUAUAUGAUAACUGAAAAAGCAAUGCAAUGCUAAGAUAUUUUUUCCAAUGUAAUUCUCAUUUAAAAAUGGAGGAGUGGCUUUUAUUUUACUCAACACAGAAAAUAAGAAACAUUUGCUUUGUUUUUUCAGCUUCAGAGUCAAAUGGUGAGAUCAAAGAGUUUUCUCCAAAAAAUGUCAUAUACGAAGAUGAUUCAUCCCAGUAUUUGAUAAGAUCUUCAAAUCUUUCAUUUGAAAGAUUUCUAAGCCAAGGCCUUGAGUAUUCCAAUUUUAAAGAAGGCUGGAAAUGUGAGGGUGAUACUGAGAUGCUGCAGGGAAAUCAGGGAUAUAUCAGGCAAGUGACAGUUUCCCAUCAAGAAGCCCUGUCUCAACAUAUGAAUGUUAGUACUGUGGAGAGACCCUAUGGAUGCCAUGAAUGUGGAAAAACUUUCAGUCGGCGCUUUUCCCUUGUGUUACAUCAGAGAACUCAUACUGGAGAGAAACCAUAUGUGUGUAAGGAAUGUGGGAAAACCUUUAGCCAGAUCUCAAACCUCGUAAAACAUCAGAUGAUACAUACGGGAAAGAAACCCCAUGAGUGUAAAGACUGUAAUAAAACAUUCAGUUACCUAUCAUUCCUCAUUGAACAUCAGAGAACACAUACUGGGGAGAAACCCUAUGAAUGUACCGAAUGUGGAAAGGCCUUUAGCCGUGCCUCAAACCUCACUCGACAUCAGAGAAUUCACAUAGGAAAGAAACAGUAUGUAUGUAGGAGAUGUGGGAAGGCCUUUAGCAGUGGCUCUGAACUCAUUCGCCAUCAGAUUACACACACUGGAGAGAAACCUUAUGAAUGCAUUGAGUGUGGGAAGGCAUUUCGCCGUUCUUCACACCUUUCCCGGCAUCAGAGUGUCCAUACCUCCAAAACCCCCUAUGAAUGUAAUGAAUGCAGUAAAGCCUUCCGUUGCCACUCAUUCCUUAUUAAACAUCAGAGAAUUCAUGCUGGAGAAAAGCUCUAUGAAUGUGAUGAAUGUGGUAAGGUUUUCACGUGGCAUGCAUCCCUUGUACAACAUAUGAGAAUUCAUACUGGAGAAAAGCCCUAUGCAUGUACUGAAUGUGACAAAACCUUUAGUCGGAGCUUUUCCCUCAUUCUACAUCAGAUAACUCAUACUGGGGAGAAGCCCUAUGUAUGUAAGGUAUGCAAUAAAUCCUUCAGCUGGAGCUCAAACCUUACUAAACAUCAGAGAACACACACACUAGAGAACCCCUAUGAAUAUGAAAAUUCAUUUAACUACCACUCAUUCCUUGCUGAACACCAGGGAAUUCACACUGUAGAGAAAACCUAAGAAUGUAUGGAUUAAAAAAAAAAAAGCAGCUAAUGCCUUACUUUGACUUCAGAGAACUCUUGGAAAGAAGCCUUAUGUGAAUGUGCUUAUUGUGAUGAAAUGUGGUCUCUGCUUUAUUCAGUAUUCUAGAGAAAAACCCAAGGAAUGUAUGGGAAAGCCAUUAAUAGCUGCUCAUUCUUUUUGUAAUACCAGAAGAUGGAAUCAAACAAUACUAAGAAGACUCUUCAUCUGGUAGGAUUCCCUUAAUCUACAUUUGUAAAUUCCUAUCAGGAAAGGAUACAUGUCCAAUAAAUGUGAGAAAACUUUUAGAGAUUAGGUCUCAUUCUGCAUCUGUCAGCUCAGGACAGGACAGAACACAUGGGUAAGGGUGUACUUUUUCCUGGACAUCAGAAAAUUCAUAAUGAAGGAAAGUCAUACAAACAAUGAUUUGGGAAUGCCUUCAUGUACCAUGCAAUAUUUAUUAAAUUCUUAAAUACUCUUCUAAGGAGAAAAAGCAACCCUAUAAAUGAACUUAACAUAGAGUGACUUUCUGCAGUAUUUCAAACCUACAGAAUUAUCCUGGGGAAAAACUACCAUUGUAAUGAGCGUGGCAAAGUCAUAAGAGUUCUGAGAAGUUAUACUGGAGAGAAUCGGUGUGGGAGGAUUUUUUACAGGGGGAUGUUUGUUUGGGUUUUGUUUUUUUGUUUCAAAGCAAAUUCAGAAAAGCUACGAAUAAAUCUUGAUUCAUGGUAAA